AUGCAAGAAAACAAUGAAUAAUUUGAGAACUUAACAAAGGAGAACUUGAUUGUUCAGUUGAAAGAGAAAAUUAAGGAAAAUAAAACAAUAACAAAGAAACUAGACAGAUUAUCAGAGAAAUAUGUUUAGACUUAUAAGGAGUAUAAGUUAUUGGCAAAGGACAGAGAAUCUCUAUUCUAAGCUAUUCAUUUUGCUCUUAGUGAUUAAUAAUAUUAAUUCGAAUAGAAACCUUUAGGUUAAUUUGAUUGCAAUUCGAUAAUUGACUUGCUUAAAUAAAAGGAUGAAGAUAAGUCCAAGGCUCUUACAAAUUUAAUUAAGGAGACUAAUAAUGAGAAAUUUUAACUUGAAGAAAAGUAUAGAUAAAUGAUAGAAAAAUAGGGGUCGAAUAGCGAUUAAAAGACUUAAUAAAUAAUUAAAUAAUUAAAACAAUAAAUUAAUGAUUUAGAUAAUAAUAAUACUAGAUUGGCUAAAGAAAUUAUUGAGUUAAAUGACAUUAUAUAAAUAAAGAAUGGAUAAAUUCUGAAAUUAAGUCAAUUGGAAGAUGAUUGUGCAAACUUAAAGACUUAGUUGAUGGUCUAAGAGCUCUAGUAAUAGUAGCCAGAUAGACAAUGGAAAAUUAGCUCAUCUGAUAGUCUGAACGAAUCUCUUAAAAUGAAAUAAUAAGUAGAUAAAUUGCUGGAAGAAAUUCAAAAAUAAAGUUUGAAAAUCAAGUAAUUGGAACUAGAGAAUGCAAAUUUCUAAUUAGUUUAAAAAACUCAAGUGAGAGAUAAUUACUCUAAUCAUAUUGGUUUUACAAAAACUCCAAAUGAUUAUGAUGAAGUUAACCCAUUUGAAUAAGAAAUAACGUUAUAAAAAUAAGAUCUAAAUUAAAAUAUAUUAUCUAAUCAAAAAUAAACAUAAACUGAUUUUAUUUAUUAAACAAAGGAAGAAUUGCAAAGUAACAAUGCAAAUUUUGAAUAUUUAAAAAAUGUAGUCUAUAAAUACUUUUUAUAUUAAGAGACUAGGAACUAUAAGGAAGCUUCAAUCUUGAUGAAUGCUAUUAUGACUAUUUUGAAAAUGACGAAUGAUGAAAGAAGAAGGAUAGAGUAGGCAAGGGAAAGAGGGUUUUUGAAGAGUGCUAAAAAUUUGAUAAGUGAUGGUUUCUUUUGUUUGAAGUAACCAUAAUUAAAUGAUAUGAAUUUUGAACGACCUAAUAGUAGAAUUGAACUAAUGAAUAAGCAUAUGUUAAAUUGA